GUUCCAGUUGUAUUCUUGGCUUCUGCAGCUACGCAUUACUAUGAUUUCGUUCUGAAGGAAGCCAACUUCACAAGGCUGUGUAGCUCUAGAAGCAUGUUGGUCGUAAAUAAUAGCUUUCCAGGUCCAGUUAUUCGUGCUUAUAGGGGAGAUACGGUGUUUGUCAAAGUAUACAAUGAAGGAAGCUACGGCGUCACCAUUCAUUGGUUC